ACUGCUCUGAGAUUGAUUACAGACGCCUGUUCUAUUAAUCAGUCAGUGUUUCUGUUGACUGACCACUCAUAAAUGGCGGCGCCCUUGUUGUAGCAGUGUGGGCGAAUGCUCAUCGAAAUUAAAUAGACAUGGAUGAUGAAUGGGAAGAAGAGGACCAGCUUGUGGUGGUUGAGCUGUCGGGAAUCAUCGACUCAGACUAUUUAACAAAAUGCGUGGACAAGUGCAAGAUAGUGGGAAUAGACACUGAGCAGCCUGUAAUGCAGGUGGGCAGAUAUGUGUUUGCUGGAGAAUAUGAAGAUGCUCUAGGAACAUGUGUCAUAUUUGAAGAAAAUGCAGAUCAUGAUCUGGAGUCCGAAGUAAAGCCCCAAUUAAAAUAUAAAUGUCAUACAGUGAAGAAACUGAUGAUGAAGCGGACGUUUCUGUCUGAGAAGAAAGAAGGGGAGGAGGGCUCAGGGGGCAUAGAAGUACUCCAGUUAAGUGAUGGAGAUUUUUCAGGCCGCCCCAAUAUGAUCUGCAGUUUUCUUCCAAAGUCCAAAGAAGUGGUGGAAGAAACACGCCUCAGCUCUGCCUCUGAAGGUGAGGUCAGUGACUCGGAGCCUGUCGACCUCAGUCAAGAAACGAACUGCUCUGCCACUGAUGCGGAUACUUCGGCCUGUGAACAACCUGAACCUGACACUGGCAUAACAGAUCCUGUUGCAUGUGGUCCUCUAAAGUGACAGGCUUUCUGUUGUUGCAUACAGUACUUGAACACAUCAAAAUAGUGUUAAUGGGCAGUCCUUCACACGACUGACUAAUGUGUUUUGUAAAUACCAUUUCUCACAUUCUUUCCCUAACCUGUUGCUCUCUAACAGUCAGACCAAAUGUGUUUUGUAGUCAAGACGGCACAGAAUACUGAUGCUUCACUGGGAAUACAAAAGUUACUCUAAUGUGUUUUAUGUCUUGGUUCCUGAACAGUCAUUAUAAUGUCCUGUAUCGUGUCUUCAUUCGUUUAUGCUUUCAGGGUGUACCAGGUGCACCAGCGGCAAUUGUUGCUUAAGUGGUUUGUUGCCAAAUGCUGUACUGGAAUCUCAGAAUUAAACUAAUCCUUUUCAGGAAAAUAAACAGUUUUGUCAGUGUUCUGCCCUCUGAGGGGUGGGGAUGGGGUGGCGGGGUUGGGGUUGUUGGGUUCACUGUUUUUGAAUUUCUGAGAGGCUUUCAGGAAAGCACUCCCUCUCCUACUUUUUCACAGCACAUACAGAAAAGGCAUUUGUAGAAUUUAUAUCCCUGGGCCUAACUGGUGAACAUUAUUAAGUAUUUCUGUUAAGGUUUGUUUUCUCAAUCAGUAGGAUCUAAUAAUAAACUUUAAGUUUGUAAAUUAAUAUGUAUUUUUCUUCCAGUAUACAUUAUUUUUAGUCCAUGCUUUUGUGCAGCCUGCAGGAUAAUGAAAAUGACCUUCAAUAAUUGAGCUGGGUUUUGAUAAUUUUACAGCUUUGGACUCUACUCUGUUGAGUUGAGAAUUGGAACACAUAAUGGAGUUAUGUGGGAGUUCAGUGGGUUCCAGCAGUAAUACAAGAUCAAAUACAGCCACAUCUAUUCUAAAUGUUCAACUGCAUGAAUGUUUUAAAUGAUAACUGACAAGUGGUUUAAAACCCUUGGUUACUUUUUGUGAUUCUGUGAUGAACUCUUAAGAGCCAGUCCAGUCCUACUGUACAUUUAAAAAUUUCCAUUUUUUUAUUUUGUGAAUAAAGCUUGAUUUUGUCCA